UCCACGCCUGCUCCGCUGCCAAACACGCCUGAUCUACUCUGGCACUUCCCACGCCACCAACGGGGGCCCAGCUGGCCCAGGACUCGCUGCUCCGUUGCACCAAACACGCAGGCCAAAGCGCAGCUCUCCCGGCCGCCCUACUGUAGAGAUGGUCUAGCUAGUGCCGCUACUGAUGGUUGGUCGGGUUUCCCCGCCGCUGGGUUGAGCGCCCUCCCCCCCAAUUUUUGCAAUGGGGCCAGGCAAUGUCGUGGGAGACCAUCCAGCUUAGGGGCUUAGUGCAUAACUCAUGGCUUGGUGGGAAUGGGGGCCAACAGCACAUCUGUCUGCUCUGGCGUGGGGAGUGGAGCUGGGUCAUCAAGGAGCGGCUUGCUUUGUUGGUUCAUUCAUCGCCCCUUCGGAGCUUUCAUUGUCAGGCGUCUGGGUCUUGCUCUCAGCGUCCGCAGAUCUGCCAUCGGUAUCUAGUUAGUUUGGAUCUAGUCUUGUCUUGGUGUCCCGUUUCUCCUGUGCCCGUUUCCCAACCUGCGUGUGCUUGGUGUCGAAUCAUUCCAUUUGCUCCGUCUGCCUCUUUCUCGUAUCGUGGACGCCAUCUUCCCAGCCAUGAAAUACAGUCCCCACUUGUACAUACGUAUUCAAACAAGAAAAAAAGGGCCUUCCAUCUUGGCGCAGAUGGCCAUCGUCUCCAGCCGCUCCCUAGCUGAUUGCCCCUAAAACGCCGCUAUUCCCAAAUCAAGUAGGGUUGCUCGAAAAAAAAAAAGGCACUAGACGCUGCCCCUGCUCAUGUUGGCACCGCGGUGCUGCUUGAUCACCUCGAGGUCCUCAUCGUAAGUGGCGCCCUCGCCGUCACUCAGGGGCCCUGCGGCCGGCUCCCGCUU